ACAUAUUCAUUCGUAUUGGGUCUGCGGUCAUUAGUUACGCCACACUGCCGCUAAAGAUCACAGCGAGGAUGUUGAAACCCAAGAAGAMCAAGACCAUUGCUCCAGAUCACGGCAACUCUCGAGUCUCCCCUGAAAUGAAGAAAAACGGAAAUUCCAAAGUAGAGCACAAGCGAGGGACAUGGCUGMAGAGAGGUCUAUCGAGUCAACGUGUAUUGAAAGAUGGCCUGGACGAGGGAUUGAGUCCAAUACCAGGAACCUACCGUCAUAAAAUGUUCCAGAUUGUUAAACUAGUCAAGAAUGGUUUGUUGUUCUUUCUUCAACAAAGUGAUCUCUACGGGAGCACUGUUUUCCGUUGCAACUUUUUUGGUGCGCCAAUGAUUGCAGUUCUUGAUCACAAAGGUGUCAUAUCAGGUCUUCUUGAUGCAACUAAGGUUGAUAAAGAACAAGGUUUUGGGAACUUUAGGUUCAACAAGGAUCUUCUAGCAGGGCACAUCCCUUCCAUGUUCUCAAAUGGUGAAGAACAUCACAAGAAAAAGCAGUUUUUGAUGGCUAUAUCGAGAAGCAUGAAAAUGCAGACACUUAUCCCGACUAUACUGGAUAUCAUGCCAGAACAUCUUAUUAAAUGGCAAUUCAAGGAAGACAGAGGAAGAGCAUCCCAACAAGAAUGGGAAGAACGCAUACUUUUGCUAUCAAAUGACAUUAUGAGUGAAACUCUUCUGGGAAUACGACUGGAUGGCGAGGCUUUUUUAGGCUGGAGAUUUGAGGUCCUGAAAAAAACACAAAAAAACUGCAAAGGAGAACCCAAAGGAAAACACAAGUUGGCUUUAGAUGCWUUUGACCUCCUGCAAACCUCCAUUGUCAACUCGCCCAAUAUCGACCAUAUCUACAGAUGCGCYGAGCAAUAUGGCAUCGGGCAGGAAGAAGCCGCCUUAGAAAUAUUAUGGAUGUUGAAUUUCAAUGCGAGCCCCGGGACAGGUGCUGCCAUGAGGUCAGCGGCUGCUCGUCUGUCAAUAAUGACGAGCGAAGAGAGGGAAGAACUUAAGCAAGAAAUCAAGAAACACCUCGGAACCAUAGGAUUGAACUUAAAAACACUGAAAAAAAUGAAGAAACUUGAUGCCUUUACAUGUGAGGUCUUGAGGAUGCAUCCCCCGGUUGACUUAUACUUUGCCAUCGCAAAGAGAAACUUUGUCCUGGACUCAAAGUCUGGUAAAUUCAGGAUUCGUAAAGGCGAGAGAUUAUUGGGGAACUGUCACGUCGCGCAGAGAGACCCCAGUGAAUUUAUUGUUGCUGGAUGUAAAGGCGUCGAUGAGUUUGAUCCUACGCGGUUCAUUAAAGACAGUUCUUUGAAAUCUAAGCUGAUUUGCAUGCAUGGGGGUAUGGGCGAGAGCUCGUUACCUGGCAACCAUAAAUGUGCGGGAGCGCAUGUUGGUCAAAUCACACUCAAGACCUUCAUUCUUUAUCUUAUAUUAUUCUGUGACUGGGAGCUGGAGGAGAAACCUUACUGGACCAGAACAACGUUGAUUCGCUAUGGUAACCCUGACGAACCGAUCAAACUGAAGUCGUUCAAGUACACAAGAGACAAGGAAGAGCUGCUGCUACCCGACCAGCCUGACUCAAGCUCAACAGAAGAUGAACUCGAUGGUCCUGACUUACGAUGCCCGAUUCCCCACGACAUACAAGAUCCAAAUGAAGAGAUAUAGAAUACUUGCAUUCGAUAAUAACCAUACAAACAGAUCAAAAACCAGAGAUAUUCGACGCAAAUUUAAUUAAAUAAUUCAUACAAUGGAUUCGGGCGGGGUUUUUUAACCGCCGAAAGAAACUUUUUAAAACAGUGAAAUUUUCUUCGGUGUAAUGUUUCGUUUUUAAUUUAUAAAGAUCUUUAGAGGUCUAUUAAUAUGAUUGUAACGCAAGAUUUAGCUAAGCAAGUGUAGUGUCACGUGGCUUGUAUCUGUGUUUCUUAGCUAAGCCACAUCGGAAUUAACCUCAAGGAAAAUUGCGUAGCGCGCGAAGAAACAUUGUAGCUUUAGUAAUUUUCUCGCUUUUCCAGGUGCUUGCUUCAACCUACAUGCAGUGCUGUAGCCUCUAACUAUACUAACUAUACAGCUAUCAAAUUAAAUUUGACAUUUYGUUUCA